CGCAGCAACAAAAAGGGGGAGGAACGCAGAGAGUAACAUAAUUCUCAGUUUUCUUUCAAUUUAAGUUAUCAAGUCAUCACAUCGCACUUUCAAGCACUACCUGCUGUCAAUUCUUUUUAGAAUCCCUCGAUACGAUCAUUUUCCAGUCUCAUAGAAACCAAGCGACUUUAUGCUUCUGAUAUUAAGUGUUUCCCAGAAUGGGAGAGCUAGCAGCUGAAAAGCAUGCCGCGUACAUCUUAAAAGUAGAAAGGAAGAAAGACGAUAUCGAGUCUGUCCUAGUGGAGCAUCUCAGAAUGAAUGGUGCAUAUUGGGGAUUAACUACACUCGACAUUCUAGGUAACCUUAAAGCUGUGGACCAAGAAGCGGUUAUUUCAUGGGUCAUGAGUUGCCAAGACGAAUCUGGUGGUUUUGGUGGCAAUGAGGGGCAUGACCCACAUCUACUCUACACUCUUAGUGCUAUUCAAAUUUUAGCACUAUUUCACAAGAUAGAAAAAGUUGAUGUUGAUAAAGUGGCAAAUUACGUAGCUAGCCUACAAAAAGAAGAUGGUUCUUUUUCAGGAGACAAAUGGGGUGAAAUAGAUACUAGGUUUUCCUAUGUUGCUAUAUGCUCUCUUGCACUACUACAACGUUUAGAUAAAAUUAAUGUUGAAAAGGCUGUAAAGUACAUUGUUAGUUGCAAGAAUCAUGAUGGUGGGUUUGGGUGCACCCCCGGUGCUGAAUCUCAUGCGGGUCAAAUAUUUUGUUGCAUUGGGGCACUUGCAAUAACAGGUUCGUUACAUUAUGUUGAUAAGGAUCUUUUAGGAUGGUGGUUAUGUGAAAGGCAAACUAAAUCUGGGGGUCUAAAUGGCCGGCCUGAGAAGCUUCCAGACGUUUGCUACUCGUGGUGGGUCUUAUCCAGUUUGAUAAUGAUCGAUAGAGUUCAUUGGAUUGAUAAAGAAAAACUUGUUAAGUUUAUUUUGGACUGUCAGGAUAAGGAGAAUGGAGGGAUUUCAGAUAGGCCAGAUGAUGCUGUUGAUGUUUUCCACACUUAUUUUGGAGUUGCUGGUCUUUCACUUCUCGAGUAUCCAGGAUUAAAGGCUAUUGAUCCAGCUUACGCGUUGCCUGUUGAUGUUGUUAAUAGUAUUUUCCUUCGUUGAUUCUUAUGAAAUUUAAUGUAGUACUCGCUUUUGAAUUCUGAUAGACCUUAUUUCUAAGAUUAAUACUAAUAAAGCAUCACAUCUUCCUCUGUC